AUGGCCACCAUAUACAGCGGUGUUCCGUCUCAAUCACGCUUUCCAUUCUCGACACAUACGCAUUAUACGUCCAAUGCUAAUGCCGCAGUGCAGAUUCAAAUGCAACAAUAUCGAUACGGUCGUUAUGGAAUGGAAAACCCGAUGGAAGUAUUGUCUCCUUCUUCUUUAGCACCACCGGGUGCUACUUUGGGUCUUUUUACUAAACAUGAGCCACUUUAUGUGACUACGGAAUCCAGCACCACUCGGACUGUGUCGAGGACUUCCAUGUAUAUGCCGUCGAUGAUGAACAAAAUGUAUCCACCACCACAUCCUCCACUAAGGAACAUGCAACAAUCCGAUGUGCUUCUUGUGUCGCCUGGUGUCCCCACUCCUGUAGAGCUUUCUAUAUAUGAGAUCAAGCAACCGACAGGGUUUUUACACGUGACCAUUGGGAAUCAGACUGUUGAAUUUCUCGAUGGGGUUGCCAAUAUGCCACAGAAACGGUAG